AUGGCAGAACAUGGCUCCCACCCUUCCUCUGCCUGGCAUCCGGGAAACCCAUCUGCUUGCAACCCCACUCUAUGCUCCUUGGAGCAUGUGGAUACGGGAAUUAGUGAGCAACUGACCCCAUUGGAGCAGCCACCACCAUCCCCAGACCUGGACGAUGACAACAAUGGCGACCUUGAGCCUCCGCUGGACCCAGAUGUACCCUAUCCUGAUUUGGCCCCCGUGGUUUUCUUCUGCUUAAAACAGACCACCAGCCCUCGGAACUGGUGCAUCAAGAUGGUGUGCAAUCCUUGGUUUGAGUUUGUCAGCAUGAUGGUGAUUCUACUGAACUGUGUGACGCUUGGGAUGUACCAGCCCUGUGAUGAUAUGGACUGCCUGUCCAACAGAUGUAAAAUUUUGCAGGUUUUUGAUGACUUCAUCUUCAUUUUCUUUGCUAUGGAGAUGGUUUUUAAAAUGGUGGCCUUGGGGAUCUUUGGCAAGAAAUGCUACCUUGGAGACACCUGGAACCGCCUGGAUUUCUUCAUUGUUAUGGCUGGGAUGGUGGAAUAUUCUCUGGAUCUCCAAAAUAUCAAUUUGUCUGCAAUCCGCACUGUACGAGUCCUGAGGCCCCUCAAAGCCAUCAACCGUGUGCCUAGCAUGCGCAUCCUGGUGAAUUUGCUCUUGGACACCCUACCCAUGCUGGGGAAUGUUCUGCUUCUUUGUUUCUUCGUCUUCUUCAUCUUUGGCAUCAUUGGGGUGCAGCUAUGGGCUGGUCUACUGAGAAACCGCUGUUUCAUGGAAGAGAACUUGACCAUACAAGGUAACAUCACCCUUCCUCCCUAUUAUCAACCUGAGGAGGACGAUGAAAUGCCCUUCAUCUGUUCACUGUCAGGAGAUAAUGGAAUCAUGGGCUGUCAUGAGAUUCCCCCACUGAAGGAGCGAGGCCAUGAAUGCUGUUUGGACAAGGAUGACUAUUACUACUACACCUCUGUCAGACAGGAGUUCAACGUUAGCGGCAUGUGUGUCAACUGGAACCAGUACUACAAUGAGUGCCGCACGGGCAAUGCCAACCCACACAAAGGGGCUAUCAACUUCGAUAAUAUUGGCUAUGCAUGGAUUGUUAUAUUUCAGGUGAUCACACUGGAAGGCUGGGUGGAGAUUAUGUACUAUGUGAUGGAUGCACAUUCAUUCUACAACUUCAUCUACUUCAUCUUGCUGAUCAUUGUGGGCUCAUUCUUCAUGAUCAACCUAUGUCUGGUGGUCAUUGCCACACAGUUUUCGGAAACCAAGCAGCGAGAACACCAACUGAUGCAGGAGCAGCGGGCGCGGUACUUGUCUUCCAGCACCGUGGCCAGCUACAUGGAACCAGGAGACUGCUAUGAAGAAAUCUUCCAAUAUGUCUGCCAUAUUGUACGCAAAGCCAAGCGCCGCACUCUUGGCUUCUACAACAGCCUGCAGGAUCGACGCCUGGGCCGAACGGAGCUGAGCACUGCCAAGCAGAGCAUGAAUGGGAAAGACCAGAGGCAAUAUAGGCGUUGUCGAAAACACAACUGUGUUGAUUACGUGCCACAUGGCCUUGGCCAGCCUAUUGCAAUGACAUUGACCUCUGUCCCCAGCAACUGUCCAAGAUGUCACAAGGCCCGGCGGGAAGCAGCCCGCAGACUCUCUGUGCUCGAGAGUGGUGAUUCAGAUCAGGAGGAGGGCAGGGAGGCCAGUGAAGAGGAGGAAGAUGGAAGGAAAGAAAGUUCAGGGGCUACAGACCUGGAGAAAGAGGAGGACGAUGGAGAAGAGAGUGGACAAGUGGCGCUCUGCAGUGACAUGUGGCAAGAAGUGAAGGUUAAAUUGAGAGGAAUUGUGGAGAGCAAAUACUUCAACCGUGGGAUCAUGAUUGCCAUCCUUGUGAACACCAUCAGCAUGGGCAUUGAGCACCAUGAACAGCCAGAAGAGCUGACCAAUAUUUUGGAGAUCUGCAAUGUUGUGUUUACCAGCAUGUUUGCCCUGGAGAUGAUCUUGAAACUUGCUGCCUUUGGUCUCUUCGAUUAUCUUCGCAACCCUUACAACAUCUUUGACAGCAUCAUUGUCAUCAUCAGCAUUUGGGAGAUCAUAGGCCAGGCUGAUGGGGGCCUAUCAGUGUUGAGGACGUUCCGACUUCUGAGGGUGUUGAAGCUGGUGAGGUUCAUGCCUGCCUUGCGACGUCAGCUGGUGGUGCUCAUGAAGACUAUGGACAAUGUGGCUACCUUCUGCAUGCUUCUCAUGCUGUUUAUCUUUAUAUUCAGCAUCCUGGGAAUGCACAUCUUUGGGUGCAAGUUCAGCCUCAGGACUGACACAGGAGAUACUGUCCCUGAUCGGAAGAACUUUGACUCCCUACUUUGGGCUAUAGUCACUGUAUUCCAGAUUUUGACUCAGGAAGACUGGAAUGUUGUGCUAUAUAACGGCAUGGCCUCAACUUCACCAUGGGCAUCUCUUUAUUUUGUGGCUCUCAUGACAUUUGGCAACUAUGUUCUGUUCAAUCUGCUGGUGGCCAUCCUGGUGGAGGGAUUUCAGGCCGAGGGUGAUGCUAACCGAUCAUAUUCAGAAGACGAUCAGAGUUCAUCAAACAUUGAGGAGUUUGACAAAUUCCAAGAUGGCUCAGAUCCAAAGCUUUGUGCAAUUCCCAUGACCCCAAAUGGACAUCUUGAUCCCAACCUUCCUUGUCUCAGCCAGCCUGGACCAGCUGCUGGAAUGGCGAAUCCUUCUCGCAAUACUCUGCAGCCAGACCAAGUCCAUGUGGCCCUUGAAUCCAGGAAAAGCAGUGUGAUGUCUUUGUCUAGCUCUCGUAGUUCUCAUUAUGGAGCCUGGGGGCGGAGUGGGGGCUGGGGAAGCCGACGCUCCAGCUGGAACAGCCUUGCACAGGGACACAGCCUCAAACACAAGCCUCCUUCAGCUGAACAUGAGUCACUCUUAUCUGGGGAGAGACAUAGGACGUCAGAGGGAGAAGGGCCAGUAAGAGUUCAUCACCAUCGGCGGACCCUCUCCUUGGACACCAAAGGUUCCUCUGAGCUGGUGGAGUUGGCCCCAACAGUCCCAUCCAGUCACAGGCCAUCACGGAAAAUAGGUGUGACAACAGGGUCUAGCGAGCACCAGAACUGCAAUGGUAAAAUGCCCACCAUUGCUAAGGAUAUCUUCCCAGAGAUGAACAAUCGCAAGGACCAUGGAGAAGAUGAGGAGGAGAUAGACUAUAGCCUAUGUUUCCGUAUCAAAAAGAUGAUAGAGGCCUACAAGCCCGACUGGUGUGAGUUGCGGGAAGCCUGGUCCAUCUAUCUCUUCUCACCACAAAACAGGUUUCGCAUCCUCUGCCAAACUAUCAUUGCCCAUAAACUCUUUGAUUACAUUGUCUUGGCCUUCAUUUUCCUGAACUGCAUCACUAUUGCCCUGGAGAGACCCCAGAUUGAACAGAGAAGCACGGAGAGAAUCUUCCUCACGGUAUCCAAUUACAUCUUCACAGCGAUCUUUGUUGCUGAGAUGACACUGAAGGUAGUUUCCCUUGGCCUGUAUUUUGGGGAGCAGGCCUAUUUGCGCAGCAGCUGGAAUAUCCUGGAUGGCUUCUUGGUGUUUGUAUCCAUCAUCGAUAUUGUGGUUUCAGUAGCCUCUGCUGGUGGAGCCAAAAUUCUGGGUGUGCUACGAGUCCUCCGACUGCUGCGCACUUUACGCCCCCUUAGGGUCAUCAGCCGUGCACCAGGCUUGAAGCUGGUGGUUGAGACGCUCAUUUCAUCACUCAAGCCCAUUGGGAACAUUGUCCUCAUUUGCUGUGCUUUCUUCAUCAUCUUUGGCAUUCUUGGGGUGCAGCUCUUCAAGGGGAAGUUCUAUCAUUGCCUGGGUGUGGACAUCCGAAACAUCACCAAUAGGUCUGACUGCAUGGCUGCCAAUUACAAGUGGGUACAUCACAAAUACAACUUCGACAAUCUGGGCCAGGCUUUGAUGUCACUCUUUGUGCUGGCUUCCAAAGAUGGAUGGGUCAACAUUAUGUAUAAUGGACUGGAUGCUGUGGCUGUUGAUCAGCAGCCAGUGACCAACAACAACCCUUGGAUGCUCCUUUAUUUCAUUUCUUUCUUGCUCAUCGUCAGCUUCUUCGUGCUCAACAUGUUUGUAGGGGUGGUGGUGGAGAACUUCCACAAAUGCCGGCAACACCAGGAGGCAGAGGAGGCCCGGCGGCGGGAGGAAAAGCGCCUGAGGCGCCUGGAGAAGAAGCGUAGGAAAGCACAGCGCUUGCCAUAUUAUGCCACCUACUGCUCUGUCCGCCUCCUCAUCCAUUCGGUCUGCACCAGCCACUACUUGGACAUCUUCAUCACUUUCGUCAUUUGCCUCAAUGUCGUCACCAUGUCCCUGGAACACUACAACCAACCAAUGUCUCUAGAGACAGCUCUCAAGUAUUGCAACUAUAUGUUCACCACAGUGUUUGUCCUGGAGGCAGUUCUGAAGCUUGUAGCCUUUGGGCUGAGACGCUUCUUCAAAGACAGGUGGAACCAACUGGACCUGGCCAUUGUUCUUCUCUCAGUCAUGGGCAUCACACUUGAGGAGAUUGAAAUCAAUGCUGCCCUUCCCAUCAACCCCACCAUCAUCCGUAUCAUGAGAGUACUGCGCAUUGCCCGAGUUUUGAAGCUUCUGAAGAUGGCAACUGGGAUGCGAGCUUUACUGGAUACAGUUGUGCAAGCACUGCCACAGGUGGGGAAUCUUGGCCUGCUCUUCAUGCUCCUUUUUUUCAUCUAUGCCGCCCUAGGAGUGGAGCUGUUUGGGAAACUUGUAUGCAAUGAUGAGAACCCCUGCGAGGGUAUGAGCCGUCAUGCCACAUUUGAGAACUUUGGGAUGGCCUUCCUCACACUUUUCCAGGUCUCCACUGGUGACAACUGGAAUGGAAUCAUGAAGGACACACUACGUGACUGCACCAAUGAUGACCGGAGCUGUCUCAGCAACCUGCAGUUCAUCUCACCACUCUACUUUGUCAGUUUUGUGCUCACCGCCCAGUUUGUCCUCAUCAAUGUAGUAGUAGCUGUACUUAUGAAACACCUAGAUGACAGCAACAAGGAAGCACAAGAGGAUGCAGAAAUGGAUGCUGAGAUUGAGCUUGAAAUGGCACACGGUCUCUGCCCCCUUAGUUCUGGUUCACCAACUGCUGGACGAGAUGGAGGAGGUGGGAGAGUGGAUCCUGAAGGACAUCUGUGCAUGGCAUGUUACUCUCCUGCACAGGAGAACUUAUGGCUGGACAGUGUCUCUUUAAUUAUUAAGGACUCCUUCGACGGGGAGUUAAUGAUCAUCGAUAACCUAUCGGGCUCCGUCUUCCAUCAUUACUCCUCGCCGGCCAUGUGCGAGAAGUGUAACCAUGACAAGCAAGAGGUUCAGCUGGCCGAAAUGGAAGCCUUAUCACUAAACUCUGACAAGUCUUCCAUUCUUCUUGAUGAUGGAGACACCCACAGUGUCAAUCAGCCAAGUCCUAAGGAAACCAAGGAUGUUGAAGACAGCCCUAACUCCAUGGGGAUGGUAGGUUUGGAGGAAUGUCUCUUCCCUUUAACAAAUAUGGAAGCUUCUUCAACUCCAGAAAGUUGUUUGUGUGAAAUGGAUAAAAUCCCUUUCAGUCCAGUCCAAUCUUGGCUGAAGAAUGAGAGCAACCAAGGUCCUCACAUCCCCUUCUCUCCAGAUGCAUCCAAUCCUCUGUUACCAGUACGACCAGAGUUUUUUGUUCCAGCUGUUUCUGCCAUUCAGCCAAGUCAAGAGAAAGUUUCCUGCCCAGAGAGUCUCCCUAAAAUCUCUUUGCAAGCUUCCUGGGCAUCACUGCAAUCUCCAAGUGUAAACUGCUCACUCAGCCACCAGACCACAGAGAGCGACACCUCCUUAGAAGACUGCAGGAGCAACAGCUCAGAAGGCAGCUUGCAGACCACACUGGAGGACAGCUUAAACCUUAGUGACUCACCCCAGUGCACACUGGAUCUCCCAGCUGCGUUGUGUCCCAUGCCAGCAGCAGCCACCCAAAGAGCCUUGGUGGCACCACUUUCCCCUGCCUCUCGGAGGCAGAGCUUGAGGGGCCGUGGGAUCUUCACUCUCCGGAACAUCAGGCGGCACCAGCGCAGCCACAGCAGUGGAGGAAGCACUAGCCCAGGCUGUACUUACCAUGACUCCAUGGACCCGUCCGACGAGGAGGGGGCAGGAAGCAGCCUAAGGGGUGGAGGCAACAACAGUGAGCAAUCAGAGACUCUUAGCAGCCUCUCUCUGACUUCUCUUUUCUCGCCACCCCCUCCACCCCAAGGCCUGGCACUUCUGAAGAAGUGCAGCAGCACCAGCAGCCUCCAUGCCAACCCUUCCUCACGGGGCUCCGCAGCAACUGAAAGCAAACAAUUCUACUCGGUUGACCCAAGGGGUUUUUUAUCCAUGCCUUCCUGGGUAACAGACUUCUGCAAGAACAGCCCUUCUCCAAGGGAGGGUGACGUACCAGAGGGCUCGGACAGAAUUGGGACUGCAGAACACAGCUCCCCGAUUCCUUCUGAGCUGCAGCUGGGGAGUGGCGUCAGCAAGAGGAAUAGAUGA